CUGCCAGCUCUCAGUCAUUCACACAGCCACACAGGCAGGAGGUACACACACACACACAUAGAGACAAGGGGACUGAAGAGACAACAGCAAGAAAUCAGCUGUGAAGCACGAUAAUAAAAGAGUGAAAGAAAAACAAGAGAAGAUGACAAUUGGCAAGAACUCCAAGAAAAAUUCUGUGCGGAGCUCCAUCAGGGCCCCAAAGUUCCUGGACAAAUCCAGUGGCUUCUACGGUCGCCUUGAUGAGCCUGAGGCCGCUGGAGGAGGAGAAGAGGUGAGGGGAAAAGAAGUAGAGGAGAUGUGUAACGGGAUGGAUGACAGCAACAGAGACGGAGGAGUCGCAAGCAGCCCGAGCCCGAGCCCAAGCGUGGUGCACCUUUCAGGGGCGGAUGAGAGGGAGGAAGUCGAGGCGUUUGACCUCGAUGAAGGGAUGAUGGAAGACGACGGGGAGACUCUCCUCCAGAGGAAACCCAGCCGCCGCAGCAGCAGGUGGAGAAGAAGCUCCAGGAGGAAGCAGAAGGCGGGGAGAGGAGAGGAGGACGCGGCCCGGGAUGAUAAGCCCAGCCUGGGUCCAGAGAGUCCAGUUGACCCACACGCCCUGGAGGACACCAGGGUGAUAAUCCAAGUGGAGACGGAGAAAGUGAAGAAGAUGGAGGAGGGGAAGGAGAAGGCAGGAAGUGGGAAGAAGCCCACGCUUGUUCAUUUCCCGAUUCGGGACGAUGCGGACGACCAGGUCCUGAUCAGGGACAAGAAGAGGGGGAGAGAACAGGAAGGAGAGGAGGAGAGGAGGAUGAAGAAGGAGCAAGAGGAAGGAAUGAAGAUGGUGAAGAGGAAAACGGGGAAGAAUUACCGCAAGGCCUUGGACCGAGCCUUCCGUCGCGGCUGGGAGGCCUUCAUCACCAACCUCUACAGUGUCACGCUCACACCUGUGACAUCAUCCUCACCGCCAUCUUCCUCACCAUCGUUGAAGAAGAAACAGCAACACAACCCUGUGUUAGCUGAGUUUCAGUAGAACUGGCGAGCUACAUGGACAAUAAAACUAACCCCUUUCUAAUAUUUAGUUUGUUCGAAUUGUGAUUAUGCAUCGUGUUGUGAUGGACUGUCCUGCCUGAAUGACAUUUCUCAUUAUGUAAGUUACUGAGUCUUAAUUACUCAUCAUGAACUUUACUGCCUUGUCUCACCAUGGUGCACAUUAGUUUGCACACUGACUGCAGGGAUUCAGUUUUACUGUUGCUUUUACAGUGAAGUCUAUGGGCUUGAAUGGAAAAGCCCUUUAUGUGACUGAGUUCAGCUGCUUCUGGUUUCCCUCUACUAUGUGGCCACUUUCAGAUUAGGUCUUAACAUCUAAGCUACUUAAAUUUGUUCCACUAUCAAGAGCUUUUGUUGAGAACUGUGAAACUACAAAAGUGUUGAUGUGCAACCAAAAGGAAUGGAAGUUUUCAACAGCAUGAGCAAUGACUGAUUAGUGGACAUUUCUGUAUGUUAAUAAGUGCCAUUUAUUGCUGCCUGACAGCUAAUCAGUAAUCAGUUGAAUCAGGAGGACAGCUAAUCAGUAUUUAGACAUUGUUAUAGUGAUUAAAGCACACAUUAUUUAUGUUAAUAUUUUUUGGAGAAAUUGCAUUUUUUACCAAUGUUCAGAGAUUUAAACAAGGGGUUAGAAAUCUGUGUGUGCAUAGAAAUACAAAAGAGUACAGCUUGUCAGUGUUUGACUUCCUCACUGUGUGUUCUGGUGAAGGUUAUUUAACCUGAAGGGACAAGCCAGGUGAGUGUAUGUGCGUGUGUGCAAAUGAGAGAGAGAUAAAGAGAUAUUUUUUUAUAGCCUGGUUAUAAAUCAGCCUGUGUUUUGGUUGUUACCGUUGCAGCUGCUCAUCAUGUUUGUUAUAGAAGUUUUAGUGGCCUAAAACAUCACUAAUUGGCCCUUAAAAGGUCAAAAUAGAGUUAAAGAACUAACUUCAGUACAUGUAUUCAACAUGCAACUGGUGGCAAGAAGAAAUCAUAUAAGUGAUUCAGGCGAUUUUUCAAUGUUACUAAUUUACCCUUUACAAUAGUCCUGCCAUAAUUUAUUGUUAUCCACUUUAUAUCAGAUUUUUAUAUUACCUCUUGCAAAAUAGACUGAAUAGGUGGGAAAACUUGUUGUUGUAUAUACUGAUUGUCUAAAAAUGUGUUAAUUUUUAUUAAAAUCCUUUUGUAUCCUAAUCAAAGCUUCGGAAGCCAUGAAACAUAACAAGAAGCACUUUUUUUCUGAAUAAAUAAAGACUUAAUUUAU